UAUCAGAGCAGGAAGCUUUACCGGCCGUUGUGCCAUUGUGGUCUGUCAGCUCAAAACAGGAAUAUCUCCUCAUCCUCCAUCUCUCGGUGCCUUCAUGGUGGUCUUCACGUUGCGUUUCUUUUGAACUCUGGGGCGGAGUUUUUGAUACGAGGCUUAUGUUUUGGUAAUGCGCGGUGGAAUUGUGCGUCAGGUGCGAUCGAGCAGUGUGCGAACUCGCGGUUGAGAGGUUGUGAGAAUGUUGGUGUAGGAGGAUAGUCCAGGAAGAUUGAAAUUCUGCCGUUAAUGGGGGUGGUGGUGUUAAUUGUGAGCUUGAGGUGAGGUGAGAUGGGAACCGGAGGUGCUAGUAGGGAAUGCUGGUUUGCAUCGUCUAGGAGGGAUCAAAUUUGGUGCCACGAGACAUUGGUGAAGGUUUGAGAGUGGGUUCUUCCCUGUACGUAGUGUACAUUGUAGCAAUGCGAGGAGUCCCUUGAAGAGACGGAAUUUUUAGUGCAUCGUGAAGGUUUAUCAAACUGUGAGGUCACGAUGUUGUCUUCGAAUGCCUGCGAAGGGCGGAGCACGUUAGAGGAGAUGCUGGAUUUAAUUAGUACAGGUGACACGGAGGAGAGGGAAGUUUCAAGUGAUGAUACGCAAGAAGACUUGUUACCAUUGCCUUCGAGACCAACAUCCAGGGCUCGCUUGCCAUCAUCCGUGCGAGCCAAGAAGGCAUUGGGUGUGUGCUUGGAUAACAUCGUUCCCUCUAGUAAUGGUUCUGCGGCGUUGUCGAAAGAAAUUGUCUUCCUUGGGUCACCCAUUGCAAACCUGACGGUGCCUUCCGACCCUCUGAGCUUAGCUCCAAAGUCUUUCGCAUCUGAAAAUGGUUACACACCACUGGCCAAGGGUGAAGACUCUGCGAACAAUGAGAGCUUCGCUAGUCCUAACCUCGCCUACUCCCCUACCAUUAUACCAGAUGUUCUCAUGCAGUCGGACGAAGUUCGCCGCAGUAGGACGCUCAGCUUUGGUGAACGACUAAAUGCAUGCAGCACCCAGGAGCGAAGCUUCAGUUUUCUAACUGCACAAGAAUCCUCUACGCCUCACACGCCUCUCCCUCAGAAUCCUCUCGUGGAGGAUACUUCCCUUCCUGUAACGACUCCAUCAGCAGGAAAGAAGUGGAAAGAUGAUGGUAUAUUGCGUCUGAAGAAGUAUAUGCGAGUAUGGUGUUUAUCCUCAGAAUACAAUUGGAUUGCUGGAACGAUCGUUUCUGCCGAGAAUAAGGAUGCAGAGGCUAUGGUCCGCACUGCUGAUCACCAGAUAAUCAGAGUAAAUGUCACUAGGCUUAAGCCAGCGAAUCCUGAUAUUUUGGAAGGAGUUCAUGACCUCAUUAAACUCAGCUACCUGAACGAGCCUUCGGUCCUGCAUAAUUUAGAAUUUCGUUACGCGCAUGACAAGAUUUAUACUAGGGCUGGUCCAGUCUUGAUUGCUGUCAAUCCAUUCAAGCAAAUCCCCAUCUAUGGUCCAGACAAUGUUCAGGCGUACCAAAGGAGAACUUCGGAGAGUUCUCACCCUCAUGUUUACAUGACAGCGGACAGUGCUUUUAAAGCCAUGGUUCGAGGUGGGAUCAAUCAAUCAAUUAUUAUCAGUGGUGAGAGCGGUGCAGGAAAGACAGAAACAGCAAAAAUUGCCAUGCAGUAUCUAGCUGCACUUGGAGGCGGUGGUGGGUUAGAGGACGAGAUCCUGCAAACAAAUCCUAUUUUAGAAGCAUUUGGCAACGCCAAGACAUUGAGAAAUGACAAUUCCAGUCGCUUUGGAAAGCUAAUUGACAUUCAUUUUGAUAGAACGGGGAAAAUAUGUGGGGCAAAGAUUCAAACUUAUUUACUAGAAAAGUCACGAGUUGUACAACAGGCUGUGGGCGAAAGAUCUUAUCAUGUUUUUUAUCAGCUCUGUGCUGGAGCUGACACAGCUUUGCGAGAGCGGUUGUAUGUAAGAUCUGCGAAGGAGUAUCGCUAUCUGGAUCAGAGUAGCUGUUUAUCUAUUGAAAAGGUUGACGAUGCAAAGAACUUCCAACAUUUGAAGAGUGCUUUGAAUGUAGUGCAAAUCAGCCAGGAAGAUCAGGAGCAAAUUUUUGAGAUGCUUUCAGCUGUUCUAUGGAUUGGAAACAUUACAUUCCGCGUUAUUGACCAUGAUAAUCACGUCGUUGUGAACGAGAAUGAAGCUGUAAAUGUAGCAGCAGGAUUGCUCCACUGCAAGUCUAGUGCGCUAGUUGCAGCACUUUCCUCGAGACGGAUCCGUGUUGGAGGUGAAGAAAUUGUACAAAGGUUGACAUUAACUCAGGCAAAUGAUUCCAGGGAUGCCCUUGCUAAAGCUAUCUAUGCUAGCUUGUUCGACUGGUUGGUGGAACGCAUCAACAAGUCUUUAGAGGUUGGCAAAAAGCGGACUGGGAGAUCAAUAAGCAUACUGGACAUAUAUGGUUUUGAAUCCUUCAAGAAAAACAGUUUUGAGCAGUUGUGUAUUAACUACGCAAACGAAAGAUUGCAACAACAUUUCAAUCGUCACUUGUUCAAGCUUGAGCAAGAGGAGUAUACAUCCGAAAAUAUUGAUUGGACAAGAGUGGAUUUUGAAGACAAUCAAGAGUGUCUUGAUCUUAUUGAGAAGAGACCAUUAGGAUUGAUUUCUUUACUGGACGAAGAGUGCAUGUUCCCACGAGCUUCAGAUUUAACGCUGGCAAACAAGCUGAAGGAUCAUCUGAAAGGGAAUGACUGUUUUAAAGUUGAACGAGAAAAGGCAUUUCGAGUCUGUCAUUAUGCUGGGGAGGUUGUCUACGAAACAAAUGGGUUUCUAGAGAAAAACAGGGAUCUGCUUCACUCAGAUUUGUUACAGCUGCUGACUUCUUGUGAUUGUGAAUUGCCACAACUGUUUGGUGCCUCUAUUGGCGAUGGUGCACAGAAGUUGCUUAGCCCCAAUCGUAGGGCUAAUGGCACGGAAUCACAAAAGCAGAGUGUGGCAGCAAAAUUUAAAGGGCAAUUAUACAAGUUGAUGCAAAGGUUGGAGAGUACUGAGCCCCACUUCAUAAGAUGCAUUAAACCCAAUGCAUCACAAUUCCCUAACAUCUUCGACCAAAAGCUAGUAAUACAGCAGCUUCGUUGUUGUGGUGUCCUGGAAGUGGUGCGUAUUUCACGUUCCGGCUACCCUACGCGCCAUUCACAUCAUGAAUUUGCAACCAGAUAUGGCUUCCUGCUUCCACGAAACUUGUCUAACCAAGAGGAUGUACUUAGCAUAUGCGUUUCCAUACUCCAUCAAUUUGGCAUCGCACCGGAUAUGUACCAAGUUGGGAUCACGAAGUUGUUUUUUCGCGUCGGACAGAUAGGACAUUUGGAGGACGUUAGAUUGAGAACCCUUCAGAGUGUCAUACGAGUUCAGGCUUUGUUCAGAGGUUAUAAAGAUCGCUGCAAUUACAAACACCUUCGAAUGACAACAAUAUUCGUACAGUCCAUGGUGAGAGGGGCCAUAGCAAGAAGGCGAUUUGAAUUGUUGCAAGAGAGACAUCGUGCAGCCGUAAUGAUACAAAAGUUUGCACGAAGGCAGGUUGUCUCUCGCAGAUAUCAGUCGACGAAAGAAAAAAUUGUAAGGCUUCAAUCAGUCGUUCGGAUGUGGUUGGCAAGGAAACAGCUAUUUUCUCAGAGAAGGGAGGCUGAAAAAAAGAUAGCAUCUGAAAAAAAGCGUGCAAUGGAAGCCAAAUUUAGUGAGGAAAGAAGAAUUGCGGAAGAAACUGAAUCUAAGCAAGACUUUACAACUAAUGGAAAGGAUGCUCUUCCCAACGUUGAGGGUGAUGGAGAUUUGGAAUGCGUAAAGGAGGUAGCAACUCCAGAACCUGCAGUUUUUGCUCAAGUAAUGAAAGAGGCUACUAUCAAGGUUGCACCUUCAUAUCUUUUGGAGUUGCAGCGGCGGGCAGUCAUGGCAGAGAAAGCACUGAGGGAGAAGGAGGAAGAUAACGCUGUACUGCGGCAGAGGCUCCUACACUAUGAGGCACGUUGGAUGGAGUAUGAAGCCAAGAUGUCGUCCAUGGAGGAGAUGUGGCAAAAGCAGAUGUCUUCGCUGCAACUCAGCAUAGCAGCUGCCAAGCAGAGUUUAGCAACUGACGAACAUCCGCUGCAAACUCCUGUGAAAGACGACAAUGGUUGCAUCUCUAUUGAGAAACAGCAGCGUAUCACUAAGCGGCAACUGCUGCCCCCUGGUGAUGAGCAGUUAGACUGGGACGAUGCCGCAACUAAUGGCACGAGGAGCCCGGAUCAGUUCACCAACAAAUAUUUAGUAACAGGCUCUGAGUACAGCACACCUCGUGGUGACGUCGACGCUGCGCGGUCCGUUGUCAACCACCUGAUGAGAGAAUAUGAUCACCGAACUCAGGUAUUUAACGAUGAUGUUGAUUUUCUCGUUGAGGUCAAAUCCGGCUUAACCGAAGCACACUUAAAUCCUGAAGAUGAAUUGAGGAAACUGAAGGUGAGGUUCGAUACGUGGAAGAAAGACUUCAAAGUAAGAUUACGAGAGACCAAGCUGGUGCUUAACAAGUUAUGUGCCAUGGACUCGGCGGAGAAAGAGAAAGAUAGGACGCGCAGGAAUUGGUGGGGAAAGCGAACAACUCCCUAAGCACUCUAAAAAUAAUAUCCAACAGGAGUCUCUCAAAGAACCUGUGGUUUGUGAGAUGUGUAGUGUACGCCUGUUCUGUCCUCCUAGCAUUCAAUUGCUGUGAAUACAAACCUUUUCAAUGUGGGGGGUCUAGAACUGCACUUCUGACUGAACCAGCACCAUCAUACUGAGUAGGAAAAGUCUUUUCGCCUUAAAGCACCACAGCAUGAAUAUCACAGGGUAAAGAUUUGCGAGCCUUGUACAGUCAAGGUUUAUCGUCAACGAUUUGGGUUGGCAACAUGAGGCACCGAUGGUCUGAAAGUGAUGAGGGUGACGAAACAUUUGCAGUGGUCAUUGACAUCCAUGUUUUGAGCUCGUGAUAUUGUAUAUACUGAAAGCUCUUCUCAGGCAUAUACGCCUCUCCUGGUACCCAGGUUGCUAGGCUGUGAAGUUGAUCACCUGGAUAUUUCUCAAUUCUAGUGUUUUUUUCUCCGAAUGAAUCCACCCACCUCCAAAAAAUGCACGAGUCUUCAACUUCCCUAGUCGGUAGGAAUAUAAAGAGAGCUGAAAUCUUGUAACUUCUCGUACGUGUCUGUUAGAAUCAUGAAGCAUGAUUUCAGUUCUCAGUGAGCCUUCAAUAAUAGGCUUGUUAGGGAAUGGUGUAAUUUGGUAGAGUCUUUUACAUUACAUAUUUGAUGCAGAUUAGACUUGGACCUAUUUCAAACUAAGUUUUUUGGGCAUGAAUCUGGUUACUUAUAACAAAAUUAUUUAGGCCCCUUCGCAAAAGCUUCA